AGUGAAAUGAGAUUUUGUAUGUCUCUCGUUUAAUUCUCUUUAAAAGUAAUUUAAAAAAUGUUGGAAAAUUUAUUAAAAAUGUGAAAUAAAAAAUAAUAUGCAUAAAUUAUAUUAAUUUAUUUAAUUAUUUAUAUAAGCUGUUUAACUUGUCUUCUGCGAGAUUCCGUUAAAACUGAAGCUGCUCAUUACACAUACGUGACUGUAAACGUCAUCGUACGUCACGCGUGCACGAAAUACUUGGCUCCUCUAACAAGUCUAAUAACACUGGCUACAGCCUGUAAUCAGCUUCGAUCAGCUAUGUUUGUCUACAAUUAGCUAUUUCGCUGUAUGUGAUAUUAUUCAAAGUCACAUGGAAGUUUGUAAAUAAUUUCUCAUAUAUUGCAAAAUUUCACGUAUAUAUAAAAUAUGUCACGACAUCGAGACGUUCGUUGUAUGAAUUAUUCGGAUGAAUAUGAUGGUUACGAUGAUGUAUAUGGGCAUUCAGUAGAGGACGAUUAUUGUGUAUCACCUAGUGUGGAGCAGUUUUUGUUUGAUCGAAGCAAACAACAGAAUAUUGCUUCAUUUAUUACGGAACCUGAUAUAGUAGAAGAUAAUGAGGACAUUGAUGAAUCUUCGACAUCGCUUGAAAAAAUUAUUGAUACACAUGUAGCAUUUGAUGCUAUUUUAAAGGAAUCUUUGCCGAAAAAUGAUCCAGCAAUAAGUAAGGAGCGAUUGGAACGAUGUCCAGGUAACAAAUUAUCAUCUAAAUCCACAUUGCAAGUUACAACACCUUCUACCGUGAAGGUUGUUCCCGCCGGAACAAAACCCGUCGUAAAAGGUUUCGAUUUAAGCGGUGUAGAAAAUGCAGAUUUACUGAAUUCACACUGCGAGAGCCCAUCAUCCAAUCGAAACAGUCCUGAAACCAAACGCAAAGAGGAUAUUAUACAAAGAGAGAAGAAAACGGUCUCGUCGAAAACUAACAGUCCGAGAUGUCAAUCACCCAUAUCAGGUCAUGUAACACCGGAAUUGGAUCCCAAAGGAAAAUCCAAUGCAACUAAUGAAGAGAAAGUUGAUGUUCAAGCAAUAUAUAAGAAUAAGAGAGGCAAUAGCAAGGAGCAGCUUCACUUGGUAGUUGUAGGACAUGUAGACGCUGGAAAAAGCACGUUGCUCGGACGACUACUAUGCGAUUUGGGUCAAGUGCCGCAGAGACUCAUUCACAAGUAUCAACAAGAGAGUAAGAAGAUAGGGAAGCAAUCGUUCGUCUAUGCUUGGGUACUCGAUGAAACUGGUGAAGAAAGAGAGCGAGGAAUAACGAUGGAUAUAGGUCACUCGAAGUUUGAAACGGACACAAAGUCUAUCACUCUCUUAGAUGCGCCUGGCCAUAAAGAUUUUAUUCCAAAUAUGAUAACCGGCGCUACGCAAGCAGACGUAGCUUUAUUGGUGGUUGAUGCGACCAGAGGCGAGUUUGAAACUGGAUUUGACAGUGGGGGACAAACACGCGAGCAUGCACUAUUACUUCGUUCUUUAGGAGUAUCGCAACUGGCAGUAGUCGUAAAUAAACUUGAUACUGUAAAUUGGUCCAAGGACAGAUUCAAUGAGAUAGUCGAUAAAAUGAGCGUUUUCCUGAAACAAGCUGGCUUUAAAGACACUGUUACCUUUGUACCUUGUAGUGGUUUAUCCGGUGAAAAUAUCGUGACGAAACCAAAAGAGCAGCUCUCUAACUGGUACACUGGACCUACUUUAAUUAAUGUAAUUGAUAAUUUCAAAUGCCCGGAGCGACCUGUAAAUAAACCGUUCCGUUUCUCAGUCAACGAUAUAUUUAAGGGUACCGGAUCUGGAUUCUGUGUAUCCGGUCACGUUGAAACGGGUAUGGUAGCCUUAGGUGACAAGGUAUUAAUAUUACCUCAAAACGAGAUUGCGAUCGUUAAAGGUCUUCAAUUGGACGAAAUCUCGAUGACAAACGCAUUCGCCGGUGAUCAUGUCGCGCUGACAUUAGCAGGGAUCGAUCAGCAAAACGUAGGCAUCGGUGAUAUUAUUUGUAAUCCGCAGAAUCCAGUGCCCGUAACAAUAUGCUUUCAAGCGCACGUAGUUAUAUUUGCGAUAGCGAGACCAAUCACGAAAGGGCUUCCAGUGGUGAUGCAUCAACAGUCUUUGGUGCAGCCAGCGUUCAUCACGAAAUUAAUAGCGCAACUUCAUCGAGGUACCGGUGAAAUGAUCAAAAAGAAACCGCGCUGCUUACCGAAGAAUUCUAGCGCAAUCAUUGAGGUUACAACACAAAAUCCAGUCUGCAUGGAGUUGUACAAGGAUAUUAAGCAGCUAGGAAGAGUGAUGUUACGAUUAGACGGUACUACCAUUGCAGCUGGUUUGAUUACAAAGAUUUUGUAAAUUUUAAACCACAUCUCGAAAAUGGAGUCUCAAUAAUAAGCAACGCAAUUUUUUCACAGAGAUAUCACUUAGAUGUAAUAUAUACAUUGCUCUUAUAUUUGUACAUUACACAAGCUGAUAAAUAAAAAUUUGCUAGGUUGUUA